CAUUUCAGCUUCAGCCGAGCAGCAGACAUGGCGACGACGCUGACAGCGGUCCAACCGCUCACUCUGGACCGAGAUAUUGCCAGAGCAAUUGAACUACUAGAGAAACUUCAAGAAUCGGGAGAAUUACCAGGACACAAGUUACAGUCGCUUAAAAAAGUACUGCAGAGUGAGUUUUGUACAGCUAUCAAAGAGGUAUAUCAAUACAUGCAUGAAACCAUAAAUGUUAGUGGCUGCCCCGAAUUCCGUGCCAGAGCUACCGCCAAGGCAACAGUUGCUGCAUUUGCAGCUAGUGAAGGGCAUUCUCAUCCCCGAGUGGUAGAACUGCCAAAGACGGAUGAAGGCCUUGGCUUUAACGUAAUGGGAGGAAAAGAACAAAAUUCUCCUAUUUAUAUUUCUCGCAUAAUUCCUGGAGGAGUAGCUGAGAAGCAUGGAGGACUCAAACGGGGAGACCAGCUGCUUUCUGUUAAUGGAGUGAGUGUGGAAGGAGAACAUCAUGAGAAAGCAGUGGAACUUCUGAAGGCUGCUAAGGACAGUGUAAAGUUGGUGGUGCGUUACACUCCCAAAGUUUUAGAUGAGAUGGAAGCUCGCUUUGAAAAACUGAGGACAGCACGGCGUAGACAACAGCAACAGUUGUUAAUUCAGCAGCAACAGCAGCAGCAAAAUGCACAGCAGAAUCAUAUGUCAUAGAUGGCUAUCAAGAAAGACUUUCUAAACCAAGAAUGUAACAACUUAAUAGCAAAGCUGUGCUUUGUAUUCCAACUUUACAAUAAAGAGCAAGAGCAACUGUGUUCACCAGCAAACUGUGCAAAAUUACAAUAAGAACGGUUUGGGAAGUCAGCAGCAUAAUCAACUCUGCAUGAUUUUUCCCAGAAUUGGACCUAGGAUGAAAGGUUUAUUUGAGUCUUCUUUUGUAUGGUAAGGUUCUCAUGAUGACAACUUGUUAACAAAAUUCAAGAAUAUUCUGAGAAAUCACGAUCAUUAUGUAUGUGUGUGUGGCCCAAUUCUGUAUUCUUUACAAUGAAAUUCAAAUGAGAAUUUGCCAAAUCAGUGUAAGAUUGGUCCCCAUUAAGAAGGAAGACUAUCCUGGGUUUGUGGCCCUUUUGCAGUUGUAAUCUUUCUUUUAAA